GAGAGAGAGGGAGGUUGAUGGUUGCUAGGUGACGGGGCGCAUAUACUGAAUUUUAACAAAAGAACAGGGAAAGAGGGAGAGAGAGAGUGUGAGAGAGAGGAGAGAGGGAGGGAGAGGUAGAAAGAGAGAGAUCGCGAAAUUGAAUACAUGUAGAUAUAUAAAUAUAUUUAGAUCUAUUUUUUUUUCAGGGGGGAAAAACCGCAAAACGGAUAGCCUACCUCAAAGGGGAAGGAUGUGAAUAUAAUGGAGGGACGAAGGGAGAGAGGGGGGAAAGGCUCGUGAAAAACAGCACCCUCUCUCUUAGUGUGCUAUACAUCCGCCCUCCCCCUUGGCAGGUUGCCAUGGUCGCCAUACCCACUCUCUCUCUCCUAUUGGUCCUGGCAGAGUGGGCGGGUCUGGUGGACUCCUCCCCUCACCUCCUGCUCCGGCCCAGUCCGCGGGAGCGCGAAGCCGGGUCCAUCAUGAACUUCAACAUCGCCGUGAUCCACGCCGGCGCCACGGUGCAGGCCGAGGCGGCGGUCGCAGGGCCCGGGGGAAGGGUGCUCUACCCUGGCUUCGGCCGGGUGCACAGCUCCCUGGGGGAGAGCGUGGUCACCCAGUGGGGGUCUGCCAACGUCAUCUGGCUGCAGGUGAACGACAGCAGCCCUAAGACGGUGCUGUCCCAGCUGUGUGACCUGCUGGCAGCGAGGCCCCUGCAGGGCCUGGUGUACGAGGAGGAGAGGCCCCCCCCAACAGCCUGGGGGCCCCUGGCCCCGAUGCUGGAGUUUGUCUCCGCCCAAACAGGACUGCCUAUUGUGGCAGUCGGAGGGGGAGCAGGGUUGGGGCGGAUGCCACAGGAGACAGGCUCCAUCUUUCUCCAGUUCAGCUCCUCCACCGCCCUCCAGCUGGAGGUGAUAUUCGAGGUGCUGGAGGAGUACGACUGGACGGCGUUCUCUGUGGUGUCCACGCGUCACCACGGCUACCAGGACUUCCUGUCGGUGGUCGAGGGCCUGACGGACGGCUCCUUCAUCGGCUGGGAGAAGAAGAGCGUGGUGAUCCUGAACGUGACCGACGACCCGGGGGGCGCGCGCACCCGCCGGCUGCUCAAGGAGAACGAGGCGCAGGUGCGUCUGCUCUACUGCUCCCAGGAGGAGGCCGAGAUGGUGUUCCGGGCAGCCUCGGCUGCGGGUCAGGCCGGCGCCUCACACAUGUGGUUCGCCGUGGGGCCCGCCCUGGCGGGUCUGGGAAUGGAAAACCUGCCGCGGGCGCUGUUCGCCGUGCGGCCGCAGGGGUGGCGCGACGAGCCCCGGCGGAGGAUCGCUCGCGGCGUGUCGGUGCUGACGCACGGGGCCGUGGCGCUGCGCAAGGACUACGGGACCACGGGGAGCCCCAACUUUGUCAGCAACUGCAUGACGGACGCCAAUCAGACCCAGCGGCUGCGCGGCCGCAUGAGGUACUUCAGCAAUAUCACGCUGGGCGGUCGAGAUUAUUCCUUCGAUGGCGACGGUUACCUGGCCAAUCCCUUUCUUGAUGUCAUUUCCUGGACACCCGGACGUGGAUGGGAAGAUGUAGGCUGGUGGGAGAACGGGGCGCUGAGGCUCCGCUACCCGGCCUGGUCCCGCUACGGGCCCUUCCUCAAGCCCCCGGACGACGCCCAGCACCUGCGGGUGGUCACCUUGGAGGAGCGGCCCUUCGUCAUCGUGGAGCUGGCGGACCCCGCCUCAGGCACCUGCAUCCGGGACUCGGUGCCCUGCAGGAGGCCCCUCAACGCGAGUUCUAUCCAAGAGGGCGUGGCCCCCAUGAAGCAGUGCUGUAAGGGCUUUUGCAUCGAUAUCCUCAAGAGAUUGGCCAAGAUCGUUGGCUUCACUUAUGACCUUUACCUCGUGACCAAUGGGAAGCAUGGGAAGAAAAUUGAUGGAGUAUGGAACGGCAUGAUUGGAGAGGUUGUGUACAAGAGAGCGGACAUGGCCAUCGGCUCUCUGACCAUCAACGAGGAGAGGUCAGAGGUCGUGGACUUCUCCGUUCCCUUCGUUGAGACGGGUAUCAGCGUCAUGGUCUCUCGUAGCAAUGGCACCGUUUCGCCUUCGGCUUUUCUAGAGCCCUACAGUCCGGCUGUGUGGGUGAUGAUGUUUGUCAUGUGCCUGACCGUGGUGGCUGUGACCGUGUUCAUCUUCGAGUUCUUCAGCCCCGUGGGCUACAACCGCAGUCUUCGGAGCGGAAAGAAGACCGGUGGCUCCACCUUCACCAUCGGGAAGUCAGUGUGGUUGCUAUGGGCCAUCGUUUUCAACAACUCGGUGCCAGUGGAAAACCCCAGAGGAACCACCAGCAAGAUCAUGGUGCUGAUCUGGGCCUUCUUCGCUGUCAUCUUCCUGGCCUCCUACACUGCCAACCUGGCCGCCUUCAUGAUCCAGGAAGAAUACAUCGACACAGUGUCUGGCCUCUCAGACAAAAAGUUCCAGCAUCCCGAGGAGCAGUACCCACCUCUCAAGUUUGGCACGGUGCCCAACGGGAGCACGGAGAAGAACAUCCGGUCCAACUAUCCGGACAUGCACCAGUACAUGGUCAAGUACAACCAGAGAGGGGUGGAAGACGCCAUACACAAUCUCAAGACCGGGAAGCUGGAUGCGUUUAUUUAUGAUGCUGCAGUACUGAACUAUAUGGCCAGGAAGGACGAGGGUUGUAAGGUGAUGACCAUAGGCUCGGGGAAGGUUUUUGCCACCACAGGCUACGGUAUCGCCCUGCACAAGAACUCACGCUGGAAACGUCCUCUUGACCUGGCCCUGCUGCAGCUGGUGGGAGACGAUGAGAUUGAGAUGCUGGAGCGCCUCUGGCUGUCGGGUAUCUGCCACAACGACAAGAUCGAGGUGAUGAGCAGCAAGCUGGACAUCGACAACAUGGCUGGUGUCUUCUACAUGCUGCUGGUGGCCAUGGGCCUCAGCCUGCUGGUGUUUGCCUGGGAGCACCUGGUCUACUGGAGGCUGCGCCACUGCAUGGCGACCAGCUCCGGCAAGCUGGACUUCCUCCUGGCCAUCAGCAGAGGCAUGUACAGCUGCUGCAGCUUUGAAGACGAAACCACGCCAGGGGGCGCUAAGUCUCUGCCUCAUCACCACGGGGCCAUGGUGGCCAUGCCGCCGCAGCAGCACGUGGUCAACACUUCCGUCAGCAACCAGGCCAUCGCCAUGGCUCAGCAGCAGCAGCAGGUACCGCAGCCCCAGCAGCAGCCACCACAGCCCGUCUACAAAACCCCACUCCCGGGGUCGCCUCCCACCGUGAUGCACACCGGGACUUCGCUGGGUCCGCCCAUCACCCCGCUCGCCGGGGCGCCUCUUCCCUGCAGCACCUUUCUUCCGCGGCCCGACCGCAGGCUGGCUGUGGUGGAUCGCUGGAGGUUGCCCAAGUCUGCUACCGCCACCAACCCCAUGGCUGUGGUGCGGGGGCCGGCCAUCCCAGACAUGGGCCCCUUUUCUCAAAAAGUGCCCCCAAACUGGGCUCAGACUGCUGGAGGUGGUGGGGGGCUAGACGGCUAUAAGAGAUAUUAUGGUCCCAUUGACCCUGAGGGACUGGGGCCCUGCAUGGAGCAGCAAGCAGGGUCCCAGACCCCCAAGACUAUACCAAGGGGCCACCCCCAGCCCCCUCCAGCCAGUGUGGCCUUCUACUCAGAGAAGGGCAUGGACCAUGGAUUGGGGAAGAGGGUGGUGGGAGGUGGCGGUGGAGGUCAGGGGAAAGGGGCCGCUAAGCCUCUGGGCACUCCCAGACUGCCUGCUAAGAGCCAGGCCCCUCUACCUCCUAACCCCCCGCUGCCACAUCCCUCUCCCCCUCUCCCCUCAUCCUUCUGGAGGAAGCGCAGGCCAAAGAAGCCCAAGGAGCCUGGGGGCCCUUUGUACGAGAACAUUCUACCCCUGGGGCGGAGGGGAGGAGGGAGGGACGGAGUGAGGGACGGAGGAGGGCGGAGGGCACGCCCCCUCUCUCCUCCUCUCUCACUCCCCGUGCCCGUUCCCCUCAGCCCCUCCUACACCGCGCCCUCGCCCUCGGCCUCGCUGCCGUACACGUCCACGUCCUCCUCCUCCGACACCUCCACCACCUCCACCUCCUCCUCGGCCUCCUCCUCCCGCUCCACGUCGCCCACCUUCUCCUACAGCUCCUCGCGGAGCACGCGGGACCGGGCCGGCGGGAUGGACGGAGACGAGGACGAGGACGAGGACGAGGAGCUGACGGAGGAGUCCAGCCUGCUCCUGGGGCGGGGCAGGGACAGGGAGCGCUCGGCCGUCCGACCGCGCUCCUUCAGCCAAGGCCGCCUGCCCCCGCCCGUGCCGCCCCGCAAGCCCCGGACCUCCUGGGGGGACCGGGAGGCGGGCAGGCAGGACCGUGAGAGGGAGAGAGGGGGGAGCCAGCUGUCCCAGCUGCAGGAGUGGUGGGCCGGCUGGAGCGAGAGGGAGCGGGACCGGGGAGGCGCCGGGGGGGAGACGGAGAGGCAGAAGAGGGAGAAGAAGAGGAGGAAAGACAAGGAGAAGGAGAAGAAGAAAAAGAAGAAGAACAAAAAGCGGAAAAAGAGGGAGGAGAGGGAGAGGGAGCGAGAGAGGGAGAGGAAGCGGCGGAAGGUGAAAAAGAAGAUGAAAAAGGCGAUGAAAACCAAGAAGAGGAAGAAGUCCAUCGGAGGCAAGCGCUCGGAGCCCGAGGAGGGGGACGGGGAGGCGGGGCGCGAGGGGGACGCCGAGGGGGACAGGGAGGGCGGGCUGCAGGACUACUCCUCCUUCUCCACCCAGUACCGGAGCUCCUUCGGGGAGAAGGGCCGCGGCGACACCGGCUGGGAGGGCGAGCGAGGCCGCAGAGAAGGGGCGGGCGAGGAAGGGGACGACCGGGAAGGAGAGGACGGCGUCCGGAGCCGGCGGCCCAAGUCCUCGCACUCCCGCCAUCGGACGCCCAGCAAGCGCUACCCCAACCUCAACAAGCUGCCCGCCUCCGUCAAGUUCUGGGUGACGGGUAACACGGGCGCCGAGGACGCCAACGCCACCCCCACCUGCCUCCACCCGCUCCUCCCGUCCUCCAAGCGGCGGAGGAGCGGCGAGUCGGGCCGGGGGGACGAGGGGGGCCGGGGCGGCGAGCGGCGGCCCCUGCUCACACACUUCGAGAGGGACCGGACGCCCACGCGGGAGGGGCCGUCCUACCAGGAGUGGGACUCGGAGGACGAGCCGGGGGCCGAGGGGGACGAGGACGAGGAGGAGAGGGGCCGCAUGGGGGGGCGCGGGGAGGAGCGGGCCAGGAGGGGGGGCGGCCGCGGCGCCGUGUCCGAGUCGGAGCGGGACAGGGCCCGGGCCGAGGAGAGCUACUCCGACGAGGGCUCGUCGGGCGAGUUCGGCCGCUUCGAGCGGUACUGGGACGAGGGCGCGGCCGCCGGAAGCUCGGGCAUCGGGGGCAUCGGGGGGGGGGGGGUGGUUCUUCGGGACGUAUCCCUCCAGGGAGAAGGGGGGCAGCGUCAACAGCCGGGACGACUCCCUGCUGGGGACCCGGGCCGAGGGGUGGGUCGGGGGGGACUUCUGGAGCUCGGGGCCCGGCGUGGGCUGGGGCUCAGGGGGAGGAAGUGGAGGGCUGGGCUCCCAGUGGCCCCAGCCGCCCACCGCCCUCCCCCCCCCGAGACGCUACUGGUCCAUGGACAAGAUCCCCAUGAAGGGAGACAAGAAGAGCGGCGGGGGCAAGGGCAGGGGCCGGUCCCGGGACAGAGGGGAGCAGGAGGCGGGGGGCUCCACCCUGUGCUCCUGUAGCCAGUACCCACACCCCCACCCUUACCCGCACCCCCACAGCCGAUCCCACGCCUCCCAGUCCAGGAGGGGACCCACGGCCCUGUCCCACAGCCAGGAGGAGCUGCUCCCCCACUGCCACAGCUUCA